GCUGCCGCGCGCCUAACCUCUAAACUCGGCCAUCGAAGGCCUUAUUAUGCAACAUCUUAUUUAUCGCGAGUCCAGGGUUAAUGUACCUGAUCUCCGCCUCCUGGCGAAGUGAACGGCUUAGAGAAGCAUCCCGGUGACCCGUGCGACGACUGUCAGCGAGAGUAAACAAGGUUCGUCGUUAUACGAUUCCUUCAACGUGCCUUUGCUCUGUGUAUCUCGCGAAGUGUGCGCUGCUGCUGCUGCCUCGUCGUCGCGUGAUUUUUCGUCAAUAUAAAGAGGCUUCUGCUUUUUUCCGCGUGAAUUUUCCUGCGAAAUUUCGCGGUGUCUGUUUGCUCCAAAUUGAUUGUUUUGAUCUGCUCCUAUUUCGAGGAGUUGUCAUUGAUUCACGUUCAUUAAAGUCUGUAAAUGUAUAUGCAUCUGGUGCUCUUGGCAUGGAAAUAUACUUUAUAAUAUGGUAGAUUGAGGUUUGUCCGAGUGCUAAAUGCUCCAGUUUGCUUGUUGAUGUUAGUGAGAAUUUUCUGCUUGAAAAAUCAGCAUUGUUUUUACUUUGGAAAAUUACUAUCAACAUGUUCUAUCAUAAUAUAUGUCAUCGGAUGAGAGCAAGAGGCUGUUGAGCACAGCCACUGGAACAUUAAUAUGAUAUUGGCGCUGCAGUCAGCCAGGUUCUGUCGGAAAUUAUCAUGUUUAUCAACAUUAAAAGUACUUACAGUGACAUACUCUGCAAGUGCACCACAACAGAAAGAGAAACCUCUGAUUUUCAAAGAACCACCAUGUAUAGCUGUGGGAAAAAAACACAAAUUACGUUCCAUCGUCAUAGAUUCAAAAACUGUAAUACCUCCUGACAUAGAUUAUCUAAAUCCUGAUACUACGGUAGAUAGUCAAAAUCAAUCCAAAGCAAUAGCUACUAAAACAUGGAAAUGGGGCAAGAUAGAAAUAGAUCCAACGAAACUUCACAAAUAUUGCCUUAUGUUAUCAAAAAUAAGGUUAACAUCUUUGGUAGUAAUUACUGCUAUGGGUGGCUAUGCUAUAGCUCCAGCUCCUUUUGAUCUCGUCACAUUUCUGGCAUGUUCUGUUGGCACUGGAUUGGUUUCAGCAGCAGCCAAUGCUGUCAAUCAGUCAAUGGAAGUUCCUUAUGAUGCCCAAAUGGCCCGUACUAAAAACAGAGUUCUAGUCCGUGGUUUACUCGCCCCUGAGCAUGCAAUUGCCUUUGCUGCUAUAUCCGGUAUUGCAGGAGUGACUCUUCUAGCAACACAAGUCAACACCCUUACUGCAGUCUUGGGAGGCGCUAAUUUGAUUUUGUAUACAUCUAUUUACACCCCCAUGAAGAGAGUCAGUAUUCUUAACACAUGGGUUGGUUCUGUUGUUGGUGCAAUCCCGCCUCUGAUGGGAUGGGCAGGAUGUGUCGGAAGUAUUGCUGCUCCUGGUGCCUGGAUUAUGUCUGGCAUGUUGUAUGCUUGGCAGUUUCCACAUUUCAAUGCCUUAUCGUGGAAUUUGAGGCCUGACUAUUCGAAAGCUGGUUAUAGAAUGAUGGCUGUUAGUAAUCCCGAUCUUUGCCGAAAAACAUCGUUCAGGUAUACGGUGGUCCUCACGGCUCUGUCAUAUCUGGCGCCAGCUUUAGAUGUCACUAAUUGGUGGUUUGCAAUUGCAUCUACACCGUUAAACGCGUACUUCCUCUAUCUCGCAUGGGAAUUCAGGCAGCAUGGCGACGCACGUACGUCACGGCGACUGUUUCGAUUUUCACUGUUACAUUUGCCAAUUUUAAUGACGUUAAUGCUUAUAAGCAAAAAGUAUUGGUUUUUGAAUACCGACAAAAAAGAAAAUUCGCAGUUAAACGACGUUACAGAAAAAAGACAAUUAAUUGAAUCAAUAUCAAGAAUUCUUCAACCGACAUCAGCUUAAAUCUGUAGCUUGGCAGGUCAAGCUAGAUACGAAUCUAUAACACCUUGUGUUAUCGUUAUUUGUACACCUGUAAAAUAAUUAGUCAAAAUGACUUUGUAAAAUACAAUCUUGUAUUAUAAAUAAGAUACAUGAGAUUUAUUGCAGUGAUAAUAUAGUAACAUUUUAAGUUAAACAAAAUUUUACUUUAGCAAAAAAUAAUCAGAAUUUUAAAUGGAACUAAUGCAGAUAAAAAAAUAGAUUAAUAGAUGUAUAAACAUUAUUUACAGAUAUUUAUUGUAACAAUUAAAAUCUCAAAGUGUCAACUCGCGUUCUCUCCGUUUUUUCUCUGCAUAGCAAAAUCUAUUGCCAUUUUUCUUCUGGUUUUAGUCAAAUUUCUGUGGCCACUACAAUCUAAAUUUUCCGUGUAACAUUUAUUUCGACAACACUGUCGGCACAAUUGGUAUUCACAUUUGGAACCCUAAAAACACAAGAUAUUCUGAUCAAAUGUUCUUUCAUACUGCAAAAAUGUUUAAUUAAGUAAAAACUUACUAGUGGGUUUGGACAAUUAUCACAUAAAUUUGAGCCUCGUUUAACACGUACUUGUGGUUUGUUUGGUCUCCGAGCUAUGCGUCUUAAUUUUUUUAAUCGUUUCCUCGAUAUUUCGUUUCCAUCUUCAUCUUUGUAGUCCCUCUUCUCAGCCGAAGUUUCCUGUAAAUAAAAACGUGCAUACAUGUAUUAUAUUUUAGCGUUAGUAAUAUUAUCAUGGCAAACCAUGCUAGACGCAUAAUCGUUAUCGCAAAAACUUUGCAAAUUGUGUGUAAAGAGAUGAAAUAAAAAAGGAUUCUAACCGUU